AUGGCCGCCGACAUGGAACCUUUGGAGAAAGAUGUGGAACAGGCAGAGUCGAAACCGAUGAUUGGGGAAGAGGCACACAACGAUAGAUAUGAGGGCAAUGAGGGGAAAAGAAAGAAGGGUCUGGCGAGUAAAAUCAUCGAUAUUGCUUGCAUUGGGUUGAAUAUCAUCAGCACAGUAGUUCUUGUUUUUCUCAAUAAAUGGAUCUUCAAAGACCCUCAGCUGCGAAAUAUGCAAAUAUCCUUUGCGAUGUGGCAUUUUACAUGCACAACCAUUGUGUUAUGGAUAGCUAGUCGUUCUUCCUUCAAGCUUUUUGUCCCUAUACGACUGCCAUUUCUUCAAAUGCUUCCAUUAUGCUGCUUCUUCGCGGGCUUUCUCAUACUUGGAAAUUUGAGUUUAGCAUUCAACUCUGUGGGCUUCUAUCAACUCGCCAAAAUAAUGACCACACCCUGCGUGGCCCUUCUCCAAUACGUCUUCCUCUCCAAAGCCGUCUCCGCGCAAACCAUUCUCGCCCUCGCCAGCGUCUGCGUGGGUGUAGGUCUAACUAAUACUGGAGCCUCAGGAACUACCACAUUUGGCGCAUCCAUUGCUAUUGCUGCAUUUGUAGUAACUGCAUUCUAUCAAGUCUGGAUUGGCAAGAAACUCACCGAUUUCAAAGUCUCUUCUCCACAACUUUUACUUAAUCAAGCCCCGAUAUCCGUUUUGAUUCUGGCGUUUUUGGCACCGUUCUUCGAUACAAAACCAGAUGUGUCGGUUAUACCGAGGGAUACACUUAUUGCAUUGGGUUUGAGUGGAUUGGCGGCUGCAUUGUUGAAUUUGAGUCAAUUCUUGAUUAUUGGAAGGAUGUCAGCAUUGACAUUCAAUGUUGCUUCCAAUGUCAAAACAAUCAUAAUCCUCACCUACGGUUUCAUGAGCGAAGGUCGAGUCCUCACCAUCAAAGAUUCCAUGGGCAUAUUACUAGCUUUGGGCGGUGCAACAGUAUAUAGCCAGCUUUCACAACGAUGA